UGUGAGCCCAGGACAGCAAAGUUUGCUGCUCCUCACCAACCUUGCGGCGUUUGGGCUGACCAGAAAGAGAAACUCGGUUUGAACUUCACCUGGAGCCUUUGGUCUCCCCCUCUUCCUAAAUCAAGAAGGAGGGGGACAUUUACCCGCCCUCUGCUGCACCCCAAGGGCUCCCCCAUGAAGGCGACUUGCUGGAUCCUGGCAGGUUUCUACCUGCUUUUCUUCUGCAAGGCGGAAGAGGGACUGAACUUCCCCACUUACGAUGGGAAAGACCGAGUGAUCGACCUGAACGAGAAGAACUACAAGCAGGCCCUGAAGAAGUACGACAUGCUCUGCCUGCUCUUCCACGAGCCCGUGAGCUCCGACAAGGUCUCCCAGAAGCAGUUCCAGAUGACAGAGAUGGUCCUGGAGCUGGCAGCUCAGGUCCUGGAGUCCAGGAGCAUCGGCUUCGGGAUGGUGGACUCCAAGAAGGAUGCCAAACUUGCCAAAAAGCUAGGCUUGGUUGAAGAGGGAAGUCUCUAUGUCUUUAAGGAGGAGCGGUUGAUUGAAUUUGAUGGCGAACUGGCCACGGAUGUCUUGGUGGAAUUCCUCUUGGAUCUGCUAGAAGACCCUGUGGAGAUCAUAAACAGCAAGCUGGAGCUUCAGGCCUUCGACCAAAUCGACGACGAAAUCAAACUCAUCGGCUAUUUCAAAGGAGAAGACUCCGAACAUUACAAGGCAUUUGAAGAAGCUGCCGAACACUUUCAGCCGUACAUCAAGUUCUUUGCCACCUUCGACAAAGGGGUUGCCAAGAAGCUAGGCCUGAAGAUGAACGAGGUGGACUUCUACGAACCGUUCAUGGAUGAGCCUGUUCACAUCCCGGAUAAGCCUUACACAGAAGAGGAGCUGGUUGAAUUUGUGAAGGAGCACAAAAGGGCCACCUUGAGGAAACUGCGUCCCGAGGACAUGUUUGAGACGUGGGAGGAUGACAUGGAGGGAAUCCACAUCGUGGCCUUCGCCGAAGAAGACGACCCAGAUGGCUUUGAGUUCCUGGAAAUCCUGAAGCAGGUUGCCAGGGACAACACCAAUAAUCCCGACCUGAGCAUUGUCUGGAUUGACCCCGAUGACUUUCCUCUGCUGAUCACUUACUGGGAGAAGACCUUCAAGAUUGACCUGUUCAGACCACAGAUCGGGGUGGUGAACGUCACAGACGCUGACAGCGUCUGGAUGGAUAUCAGGGAUGAUGAUGACCUGCCCACGGCUGAGGAGCUGGAGGACUGGAUAGAGGACGUGCUUUCUGGGAAGAUAAACACCGAAGAUGAUGACGAUGAUGAUGAUGACGAUGACGACGACGAUGACAUCGACGAUGAUGAUGACGACGACGACGAUGACGAUGACUAACUGUGACUCUGUGCAGUCUGACUUGUGGGGGCUGAGAGGCCUCCCCCCGCGACAGGUCCCUCCAUCGGAAGACCUGUGUUUGAGCGUCAGCAAGCACCGCUGCUCCUCUUUCUCCCCUGCCCCGCUCCCCCUUCCCGGACCCCCCGGCCUGAUUCUCAGCGGUGCUGAGCCACCGGGAUUGCCCCUGCGGCGGGCGGCGCCUGCAGGCACCCAGCACCGCUGUAAAUCAUGCCUCCUUAGUAAGGACAGUAGGAAUCUGCAGGCAAUCUGCCCCCCGUGCCCCAGGGCAGGAAGAAAGUGCCUGCCUGCUCCCUGCCAGAGGGACACAGGGAGCCAGUUUAUAUUUUCCAUGCUCAUCGGCCCAGCACUUAACAUCCAAAGACCAAAUCUCACCUCAAGACAUAGGGAAGGCCACUGUGAAGUUUAGCCCUUUCGUUAAAUGCAACGCCCUUUGCAGCUGCUCUGCCAAGACCACCCAAUCCUGCAAGUUCUGCUCCAGGAGCCUGUAGCGAUUCAGUAACAUGCUAGGAGCAGUGAAGAGCUUUGGGAGGAAGGUUUUAGGGAUGCAGUUUAAGUUUGCAGUGAUUCCAUAAAACAACAGGAUAUUCUCGUCUGGCAGCACAAUGCAAAUCCAAACACCACGGUCGCUGUCUGAACCUCUUUCUUCGUGAAAGCUCAGGCCAAAGACAGGGUAAGUGCAGGUGGUCUGAUAUGGG